AUGAAUUCUGCUCUUCUUUGGGAUUUAGAGCUUAUUCUCUUGGAUCCUUCCAGUAAAUUGAACCAGAAAAAUGUAAAUAAUAUAAAAUCAAAGUUCAAAACAUAUUAUAAUGUAAACAAUACUGAAAAUUUUGAAGAAUUUUCAAAAAGAUUUAAUGAAGUUGUAAAUUUUUUAACCUUAGUUAAAAAUUUGGACUUUUACAAAGCCAUAUUAUCCCUAGAGAAACUUUUGGGGAAGCCAACAUUUAUUUUGGAACAUCGUAAAGAGGAUGCUUUUAAUUCUAGCACCGAUAUAUAUAACCAUGUUUGGGGCAGUGUGUAUAAAUUCGUGAAUGAAUCGGAAAAUUCAAGUGACAAUUUGGAUGUUAUUAUUGUAUUGGGGGCCUGUAUAUUGUUCAUAAACAUUUUCGUAAGGAUAAACUGGCUAGGUCCGCCCUUCUCGUUGUCUUUGGAGUCGGAAAGAGUCCUAUCUGAGAAGUACCAGAAGAAGGCAGUAAAGGACGAACUUGAUGACGCGGAGAUAUUAAACGAGUCUUUGGUUUGUUUGAUAGAUCGCCUGAACCUGAGUGAAUCGCGUUCGUCGUUUUUGCUCGAUAAGAUACACAAGGAGUUCAAAGAUAAGUGUGUACUUAAGUCACCAGAACUGUCCUUGAUCGACACUAAGUUAACGGAUAAGGAGGUGAACUUUCUUAAGUCGGUUAUAUAUGAGUUCACAGUCGAUGGCGAAAGCGUGUACUACGGAGUGAGCGGGAUCCAAUAUUUGUACACAUCACUGCUGUUAAUUGGAGUUCUGGAUAAGUGCAGGAAUAAUGGAGCGCCUGGACUUGAGUCCCUUGAAAUCUGGAGGUCAAGGGUAGCGUACCUCUGGCAAUUGAUAGUGGAGGAUGCCAGCGUAACGCAAUGUGCGACGCUGUACAACUGUACCAUAGUCAACUACAUUAACUUGUUAAAGGAGUCGGAGGUGCUUCAAGAGGACUUCAGCGUAGAUUUGUGUGAUCCAGACCUUCUGGACGAUUCUUCACUCACAUGUAGCAUCAUAUCCAACUUCACAACACACAAGUUGGAUUUAGACGCGAAUUUGAGGGCAUAUAUGCUGAUUGAGUUGAUGCAAAAGCUUCCACUGUAUAACCUGAACAGGCUGUAUGACACGAUAUACGAUAAGGUGUCAUUGUACCUGGGCUUCACAUUUGAGUUCACAGGAAAGCUCGGAGUAAGGAGGAGGCACCAGAAGAAGUCGAUCCCUCAGUUGAUAGUAGACUACAAAAAAACGCACGUAAACAACCACCACGAGGCAUCCUCAGUUGAUACGCCAGUAAACAUAACAUUGGACGAGAUAUACGGAGAAAGUGACAUUUAUGAGACGCCAAAGCUGGACGAGUCUGAAAGCGUGGAGACACUGAGCGAGAUGGAGCAGCUGUUUCUGCUGUCGAAAGGACUUAACAUUUUGCACAACGCUCCCCAAAGCGACGAGUUGGCACUGGAAUUCAUAAAUACUAUCGCAACCACUUGUCUAAGAGAGGAAACUACGGAGCAGAAUAAUUGGAUGAUAGCAUCGACGAGUCUAUGGCUGAGGUGUAAAACAGAGUACAGCAGAACGAAGACAAUAGAGAGAGCAACAUUGCAGCUUCACUCGAUAAGUGACAGUUUCUAUGAGCACAAGCCACAGAAUAGAAUGGAGUACUUCUUUGGAGUAGGAUUUCCAAGCACAUGGAACAUAAAGAGAGAGAUAGGUAAUUUUGUCAAAAAGGGUAGAAUGAUAAAUAUUUUUAGCGAAGAACAUGCCUUUGAUAUAUAUAAACAACUACACCUUUGGGAGGACGCCAUACAAUGUUUGCUGAUAUCAGAUAGGAAAAAUGAAGCACGAGAACUGGUCAACCAGAGGAUAAAGAUUUUGCCGACCCCGAAGCUAUAUUGUUACCUGGGUGACAUAGAAAAUGAUGUAGAAUAUUAUAAAACAGCCUGGAAACUAUCAGGAGAAAAGUUGUCUAGAGCAGUGAGGUCACUGGGAGCAAGGAGCUUUAACGAUGGCAAGUUCGAAGAGGCCAUUGAGUACCUGGAGAAGGCGCUACGUCUGAACCCAAUGAACGAACAGACGCAGUUCCUGCUCGGAUGCGCACACAUCAAGGUGGCGAACUUUAGGUCUGCGCUGAACGCGUUCUCCAGGGUGGUUUCACUGAACCCGGAAAACGCAGACUCCUGGGCAAACAUAGCUUCGUGUCACAUGAACUUGAACAAUAUGCAAAGCGGAAAGGUGGCAGUGCUGCAGGCAAUAAAGCACAACGGGGCCAGAUGGCAGUUCUGGAAGAUGCUCUUGAUAACCUCGGCAAUGGUUAAAGACGUCCAGACCGUUUGCACGGCAAUGAAGACACUGGUAGAUCUGGGAAAGAAGUCUGAAGUCGACGUCUGGGUCUUCGCGUUCUUGGUGGAGUCGGCCUCUGGAGCGACUGGGAACCUCGCGUCCCUGAUCGACGCGACGCUGAAGCACGUCACCGGCAGCCUGACUGAAAACGCGGACGUCUGGGGACUAUACGCCAAGCACCUGAGUUUCAAGAGGGACUACGUAGGAGCGCUGGAGGCGGCGUUCAAGCAGUACCGGAAGGUGGAGCAGCAGAUCCUUUCGACGUUCACCGAGAAGAAGGACACUGACGAGCUGCAGACCGAGUUCGACGUGGCGAACGUGAGGAGGCUCACGAACUCGCUGAGCUCGAUGGUCAUGCUGCUUAAGCGCAUGACGCCGGCCCAGAGGAGCGAGCACAGGGCCAGCGUCGUCGAGACGCUCAAGGUCGUUAAGGGCCGAGUGGACUCGCGGACGCCGCAGGUGAACGAGCAGUUCUCGAAAGAGGUCGAUUUACUGCUUGAAAGCGCGGAAGUCGAGGACGUGAUUGCUGUGUACGAGCACACCUAG